AUGGCGUCCUUAUUACGAUCCGUCUCACUGAGGGCGGCGCUCUUCGCCCCCCACCGGGCCAUUGGGUCCUUUCUGGGCCGUGGCCUGGCAAUCAACAUGCUCUCGAUGCCGGCGUUCGGAAACAUGGGUGGUCUGCUCCAGCAGGCGCAGCAGACGAGGGGGAUGAAGGUGCGCAGCGCCGUGAAGAAGAGAUGCGAGCACUGCAAGGUAAGGGAGGAUACUUUCUCGGCCCAGCCGGGCGACGAGUUUGGGGUUUCAAUGGCUGAUUGUUUGGGGGGGGGGCAGGUCGUAAGAAGGAAAGGCGGCAAGCGACAUAACGGCUACCUUUACAUCAUCUGCAAGUCGAACCCGAGACACAAGCAAAGACAGGGAUAG